UCCUCUCUGCCUUUCAAUUUCUUGGGCUCUUCCACACCUCUCCUUCUACUUUGCCUCACAAAAGAGAGCAAAGAGAGAGAUCUUUCUCCCUCUCACCCUCUCUCUGUCUCUCUCAACAUAUCCCAACAAAAGAUGGGGUCACCACCUUCGUGCUUCCUCAAGCAGAUCACCAUUAUAGAAAUAAAAAUUUUCAUGAUUUUAUUCAUAAGCUGUAUACUUUAUGAAACCAAUAUUUGUUCUAGCGACUCUCUUGACACCCUAACGGUUCCACCUCGUUCAAAUUCGACCAAUAUUCUUUCAUCAUUGGAAACACUUCCUCUAGAUGGUUACUUCAGUUUUGAGAACAAUCACCAUGCAGCCAGGGACUUCGGCAACAUGUAUCAUUUCCUCCCUUCAGCAGUCCUGCAUCCAAAAUCAGUGCCUGAUAUUUCCACCACGAUAAGGCAUAUUUUCCAGAUGGGUUCUGCUUCGGAGCUAACAGUUGCUGCUAGAGGCCGUGCUCACUCUCUCCAGGGUCAAGCUCAAGCCCAUCAAGGCAUAGUUAUCAGCAUGGAAUCACUUCAGGCACUAGAAAUGCAAGUUCACACUGGGGAGAUGCCUUAUGUGGAAGUUUCAGGUGGCGAGUUGUGGAUAAAUAUUCUGCAUGAGACACUUAAACAUGGGCUGGCACCUAAAUCUUGGACAGAUUACCUUCAUCUCACCGUUGGGGGUACUCUAUCAAAUGCAGGAAUAAGCGGGCAGGCAUUCCGGCAUGGACCCCAGAUCGACAACAUCUACCAGCUGGAGGUUGUCACAGGAAAGGGAGAAGUGGUUACCUGUUCGGAGAAGCAAAACAACGACCUCUUCCAUGCUGUUCUUGGUGGCCUUGGACAGUUUGGCAUAAUCACUCGAGCUAGAAUUUCUCUUGAAUUAGCACCAAAGAUGGUGAAAUGGAUUAGAGUGCUCUACUCAGAAUUCUCCAUAUUUUCCAAGGAUCAAGAGCACUUGAUAUCAUCCGAGAAUACAUUCGACUACGUCGAAGGAUUUGUGAUUAUAAAUAGAACAGGACUUCUUAAUAACUGGGGAUCUUCUUUCAGUCCCAAGGAUCCACUUCAAGCCCGUGAAUUCAGUUCAGAUGGAAGAACUCUGUACUGUCUUGAAAUGGUCAAAUACUUCAAUCCGGACGAGACUAAAACUAUGAAUCAGAUUACUGAGAACUUAUUGUCAAAGCUGAGUUAUAUUCCAUCCACACUCUUCCACUCAGAAGUUUCUUAUGCGGAGUUUCUGGAUAGAGUGCAUGUGUCUGAGAAAAAACUACAAGCAAAAGGUUUAUGGGAAGUUCCUCACCCAUGGCUGAAUCUUCUCAUCCCCAAGAGCACAAUUUCUGACUUUGCCAAGGAGGUCUUUGGCAACAUUGUUAUGGAGACGAGCAAUGGCCCUAUCCUUAUCUACCCAGUCAACCAAUCCAAGUGGAACAAUAAAACAUCUUUAGUUACCCCAGAUGAAGAUGUUUUCUACCUAGUGGCAUUCUUAUCCUCCGCAGUGCCUUAUUCUACAGGAACAGAUGGCUUAGAGCACAUUUUAACCAAAAACAAAAGGAUUCUAGACUUUUGUGCCACAGCCCAACUUGGAAUGAAGCAAUACCUGCCCCACUACAAUACACGAGAAGAGUGGCAAACUCACUUCGGCUCCCUUUGGAAAGUAUUUUUACAGAGGAAAUCAGCCUAUGACCCUUGGGCAAUUCUUGCUCCUGGACAAAGAAUCUUCCAGAAGGCAAUACGCACCUCAUGAUGCAUUAGUGCUAGCCUCGCAUAUGAGCCACAUAGUAUAGAAAUGACCAUAAAAUGGUAAACUAGGACAGAAUAUCGUAAACAUCUUUGCCUUUCAA